GAUUGGAAAAUGGCAAGGCGGCGAAGCCGGUGCGGGGCGAAGGCGGGAAUAGCAAUGGCCGGAGAGCUUUAGUUGAGAUAUUCCUCUCUCCAGAGAUGCUGCCAUGUAAGAAGAGAAGAGCGACGCUGACGGACCCCGAGAAGGAGGAGCUGGGUCUCCCUUCCGACGUCCAGUCCGUUCAAAUGGAGGCUUCCCUCUCAGGUGGGACUAGCCCGCUCGGCAGCUCCGGGCCACACAAGGAAGGGCAGGAAGAUACCAUUUUGAGCGAUAGGAAGGGCCUGCCUAGUCCUCCCGCCGGAAGCCUCCCCUGUUUGUCCCCUGCUCCUGCAGGAGACCAGUCUUCAUUUGAGGAUGAAACAGCGGUGCAGGCUGUUGUUCUGUCGGGAGAGACUUCCCAGAAGGGCUGCUUGGAAGGAUCGGAGCCCUCUUUGAGAAAUGUGAAGCUCUUCCUUAAAGAAGGGGCAGAUCUCUGCUCCCAGGCUCCGGAAGACCGUCAAGACUGCAAGAGUUCUCCAUCCUCAGAGUUCCCUGUGGAUAAGAAGGAAGAGAAACUAGACUGGAAAGCUGGCGACGUCUUGCCGAAACCCGAGGCUGAUUGGGAGGCAGGAGAGGGUCGCCCCGGUGGGAGGGCGCCAAAGGCCGGGCAGAGCGCUGAGUUGCCCCAGGAAGCGAAAGAGGAAGCAGAGGAGACGGGAUGGUUUAUCCCAGUGGAAGAGCAGGAGGAAGGAGGGAAGCGGAAGAAGAGGAAAGCAGUGAAGCGGAAGCGAGAGGGCAAGGGUCCCGAGGGAGGGGAGGAAGGGCCCUUGGCUUGCGACCUCAAACUGGACGACACGCUGGACCGGACUUUGGAAGACGGCGCGAAGCAGCACAACCUGACCGCCGUCAACGUGCGGAACAUCCUCCACGAGGUGAUCACAAACGAGCACGUCGUGGCCAUGAUGAAAGCCGCCAUCAGCGAGACCGAGGACAUCCCCAUGUUUGAGCCCAAAAUGACUCGCUCGAAGCUGAAGGAAGUGGUGGAGAAAGGCGUGGUAAUUCCCACCUGGAAUAUUUCUCCCAUCAAGAAGGCCAAUGAACUCAAGCCUCCUCAGUUUGUGGACAUACCCCUCGAGGAGGAUGAUUCUUCCGACGAAGAGUACCAGCCGGAGGAAGAAGAAGAGGAUGAGACGGCAGAAGAGAGCUUGAUGGAGAGUGACGUGGAAAGCACUGCCUCGUCGCCCCGGGGGGGCAAGCGGUCUCGGUCGGGGCGGUCGUCGGAUGUGAUCGAGACGGACGAGGAGGCUGCCACCCCCUUGGAAGCCGAGAAAGCCGCUACGCCGCCCCUGCAGCGUCACAUCAGUGCCGAGGUUGUGCCCAUGGGGCCGCCCCCACCCCCUAAACCGAAGCAGAGCAAAGACAGCACCUUCAUGGAGAAGCUGCACGCGGUGGACGAAGAGCUGGCCUCCAGCCCCGUGUGCAUGGAGUCCUUCCAGCCCCUGGAGGACAGCUUGAUCGCCCUCCGCACGCGCUCCAAGCGGCCGCUGAAGGACGUCCCUCUCGGCCAGCUGGAGGCCGAGCUCCGGGCUCCAGACAUCACCCCGGACAUGUACGACCCCAACACGGCGGACGACGAAGAGUGGAAACGGUGGCUUAGCGGUCUCAUGAAUGAUGACGUGGGGAACGAAGAUGAGGCGGAUGAUGACGAUGACCCCGAAUACAACUUCCUGGAGGAUCUCGAUGAACCGGACACAGAGGACUUCAGAAAUGACCGUGCCGUUCGGAUCACGAGUCCCGGUGCUUUCAUCUGA